AGCCUUGAGCCAGUCCCGCGCCACCCACCGCCGCGCGCGCACGGCCGCCAUCUUGGAAAACUCCCCGAAAACGCUCCGGAACCGCUAGUGUUUGUGCAGUUGUGAAGGAUAUGUGUACUCUGAUCUAAAGUGAAAAGUGAAAAAGUGUGGUGAUCAAGAUGGCAGCUUUUAAGUUUAUGUUGUGUGUGAGCUUACUUCACGGAGUUCUUGCCAAAGGUUCCGAGUCCCAGAUAGAAUGCACGCCCGAAGUGAUGAAGGUUACAGUGCCAAUGGAUGGAGACCGCCAGCUCUCAUACCUCGACCAGCUCAAAGAGUACAAGCCAUGCAAGCCAGCUAUCGAGAAUAAUGUGGCCACGUUCAUGUUGGACCUCCAGGACCCCCAUACCUGUGGAGUCACCAGGGUGCUCAACAAACUUACCGGUAAACGCACCUUCUACCACAAGAUCGUGAUAGAAACGGCAGGCGGCCGCGAAACACACACGGUGCGGUGCGUGGCAGCUGGCAAACGCAUCGCUCGCGCCGUGGAUUUCCCUUUGGACCUCAUCGAACCUGAUGUAAUAAACAUCACGAGGAACGAGCAGGGCUACGGGCCUGAUCCCAUCCUAGCAGCGGUUGUCAAGCAAAACGGACGACAGGUCACAGGAGAGAUCUCCGUGAGCCCGGGGACACCUCUAUCCAUGGAAAUCAACUUGGACGAGAAAUCCAAGUCGGUGUACGGUCUCCUGGUCAACUAUAUGCACGUCACAGACACUGGGAAACAGCAGGAGACUAUCAUAUUUAAUGGUUGUUCCGUGGACCCGUACCUGUUUGACAACUUCAUAACGACGGACGACGGCAUGCUGUCGGCCAAGUUCAGAGCAUUUAAAUUCCCUGAUACUUCCUACGUGCAGUUCAAGGGCACCGUUACCGUGUGCCUCGACAAGUGCCAGGGGGUACAAUGCACCAACGGUGUGACGGGCUACGGUCGCAGACGCAGGUCGAUCGCCUCCGGUGAUAACUCCAACAAAGUGUACGAGGUGUCGCUCACAACCUUCAUCAAGGUCGACUGGAAGGACGGCGAGAAACAGGCAGAAGACGUCUUAGCCCUUCUCAAGAACUUAAAGGUGGCGAAUCAGCGGCUAGAAGACAAUGACGCCACUGACUCCAGCCCCAUCGUCCUAUACCCUGAAGAAAUCGUAGCUCACAGCUCCGCCAGCGCGCUAAGAUGCAGUGUACUUGUAGCUUUAAGUUUAUUAUUAGUUAUGUUCAAGUAAAAAGUUUGUACAAGCUCGACUUUUGAAAUCUAAGUCCUUGGGAAUGGUGAAAAUAAGUAAGACUAUGCUCUGUUUGCACCGAAUAUAGUCUAGUCCAUUGUGGCCUUAAAUGAAUGUAAACUAACGAUACAUCCAUUUUCUAUGGGAGGGUAAUUUUUUUUCGCGAUUUCGGGGUUGGUCCCAGUAAAAGUUGCUCAGUAUAAUCAUAUAACCUCCCCGGCAACGGGAAUGCAGUUAUUUUUUAGCCACCGUGUAGAUACAAAAAGUUGAAUCUCACUGGCGGAAAGACCGAGUCACGUAGUUUUGUUUGUUUACAUUUUUUUAAUGUGCUAAUAGAAUGGACUAUACUUAUAGGCAGUGACAAUACAUACCCUAUAGGAGCACUUGGCAUAAAUACUUAACGUGGUCUAACUGUAGGGGACUUAUAAGACGUCAGCGAUCUGGCAUUUACCAAAUGAAUAAUAUAGGAUCUACCACACCGAUUGUAAAAAUACUGAGUCAACUGAGUUACAAACUU